AUGGGGGAUCAUACCUACAAGAAGAAGGACUCUGGCAUUUACGAUGCACUGAACAUGCUGGUGUACGACUACCUGCUGAAGAUGAAGUAUGAGGGUUCGGCAAAGAUAUUCUUCAAUGAGGCCGGCCUUGAAAAUUUCAAACCUGGAGAGGGUAUGCCCAUCCUUGCUCAGUGGUAUGCAGCAUUUCACGACAUUUCAGCAGUUAGGUCAGGUCUGUCGUCGAAUCUCCAGGACCUCAACAGGAUUGAGGGGAUUAUGAUGAAACUGGAGAAUGAAAAGAGGCGGUAUCAGCACAUAGGUAGAAUAGAUCCGGGCGCUAUGGGAUAUGGAGGAACAGUGGACCCAUAUAAGCAGUAUCCCAUGUAUUAUCAGCAGUUUGAUCAAAGAAAGAUGUACGAGAUGUACGGGCAAAUGUCUCCUACAGCAGACGCGACUCCGAGAUUCUAUGACCCAAGGAAAGGCAGCAUGCCUGGACCUGGAUAUAGAGCUGCCCAAGGAUAUCCCCGAUAUCAUCCCCGGUUUGAGGAGCAGGGUGUUCCCCCAGCAAAAAUGGCUCCAAAGCAGUUUAGAGACGAGGGGAGAAGUGGAAAUGUAGAAAGCCCUUCUAUAGCAACCAAUCAGGAGGGCUCCAGCCCUCUGUUUGAAUCUGUGCUUGGAGGAGGAGACAGGCAAUUCGGCCUGAAAGAAGUGAUGCUAUUUGUACCCAGUGAGCAUACGGCCGUAUGUUCUGCGGUGGCAGGGGAGCACAAGAUUCUGCUGGUUGCAUCUUCUAACAAAACGAUAACGGCUGUUAAUCUGCUGUCUGGAAAGAACGAGUCGACUGUCGAAACGGAUGAGAAGCAGGUGGUGGAGAUGAAGAUAAGAGAGUACGAGGACGAAAUAAUAGUGGUUUGUGGAAUUGCAGACAAUGAGCUUUUAUUGGUGAGAUGUACUAUGAAGGGGAGUGCAAACCUGGAGAUUGCCGGGAUUCUAAGAGGACAUACAGCGUCGAUAGUCAGCUUCGAAGUUCUGGACUCGAUCCAUUCUCUCGACAGCGGAGGAAUAAUGAGAAAAUGGACUCUGAAUGGAGUGUUUGAACGAGAGGAGGUUCUUAGUGGAGAGAUUCUUCACAUAUGCUGCAUAUCUGAGGAUAAUUUCAUGUUUGCAGAUAGACAAAGAGUUUAUGUAUAUGAUUUUGAACUCAACAUAGAAAUGAUGGAGAUACUUAAAGGUCAAGCCCUGGGAAUCAAGCGCAUUAAGGAUGGCUUUAUUGUUGUAUUCAGAAACCAGGCGAUCUGGCUAGAUAAGCGAAUUCAGAAAGUUAAAGUUCUAAAUGUAAAUGAAAGCAUAAGGACUGCCACCCUGAUCGACGGAGAUCUCGUGGCGGCAUCGUCCCAGAACGUCUGGUUCGACAACGGGAAGUCGUUGGCCAAAAUCAAGCUCCAUGAAACAGGUAUAGUUGCCCUUGAUGGUGUAAAUGUAUUUAGAAAGCCAAGUGUUAUUAGCUGCAGCGCCAGUGGGGAAUGUAAGAUAUGGAUCAAAUAUGUUGGAGAUUAA